AGGCAGAGAAGCCGCGCAGACUACAACAGGGCAGACAGGCAGAGGGCAGCGCUCCAGCCUCCGGGAGGGUGAAGCCUGAGAUAUGGGCAAGGCGGAGAGAGAAUGAGACGGCGAUCCCAGCUCCCAGCAGCAGAGCAGCGGCGCCCAAGAUGAGUAACAGCAGCAGCAGUAGCAGCAGCCCCGGCUCGGGAUCAUGCCGCUUCGCCGAUUACUUCGUGGUAGCGGGGAUCGACACCGACAGCGGGCUGGAGCCUGAUGAACUCUCCGCACUAUGCCAGUGGCUAGAAGCAAAGCGAUAUAGCAGGAGACAAGACACUCCAUGUCCAAACAAAGCUUCAGGAGAAAACUUUGAUCAAAGCCCAUUGAGGAGAACGUUCAAGUCCAAAGUUUUAGCUCACUAUCCCCAGAAUGUUGAAUACAACCCUUUCGAUCAAGAUGCAGUCAAUAUGCUCUGCAUGCCAAAAGGACUUUCCUUCCGAACGCAGUCAGAGAACAGAGAGCCGCAGUUCCAUUCCUUCCUCAUCACCCGCGAGGAUGGCUCACGUACCUACGGCUUUGUGCUCACCUUCUACGAAGAGGUCACCUGCAAGCAGAUCUGCAGCGCCAUGCAGACGCUCUACCAGAUGCACAACGUGGAGCAGUACAGUGGCGUUUACGCUUCUUCCUCGUGCAGCAUGGACUCGUUGGCGAGCAGCAUCGAUGAUGGCGACAGCACCUCCCUGGCGAAGCUUCAGCGGUACAACUCGUACGACAUCAGCCGGGACACCCUGUACGUGUCCAAAUGCAUCUGCCUCAUCACCCCGCUGCCCUUCAUGCAGGCCUCUCGCAAGUUCCUGCUGCAGCUCCACAAGGCGGUGACCUCCCAGCAGCCACCGCCCCUGCCCCUGGAGAGCUACAUUCACAAUGUCCUCUAUGAGGUGCCCCUGCCUCCUCCUGGCCGCUCGCUGAAGUUCUCCGGGGUCUACGGGCCUAUCAUCUGCCAGCGGCCGGGGCUGAGUGAGUUGCCCCUGUUUGACUUCCCGCUGAGGGAAGCCUUUGAGUUGCUGGGCUUGGAAAAUCUGGUUCAGCUGUUCACGUGCGUGCUUCUCGAGAUGCAGAUUCUUCUGUACUCACAAGAUUACCAGCGGCUGAUGACGGUAGCUGAGGGAAUCACAACGCUCCUCUUCCCCUUCCAGUGGCAGCAUGUCUACGUGCCCAUUCUCCCGGCUUCCCUGCUGCACUUCCUCGACGCUCCUGUUCCAUACCUGAUGGGCUUGCAGUCCAAGGAGCCCAAUGACCGGUCCAAGUUGGAGCUGCCGCAAGAGGCCAAUCUGUGCUUUGUGGACAUUGACAACCACUUCAUCGAGCUGCCAGAGGACUUCCCCCAGUUCCCGAACAAGCUGGAGUUUAUCCAGGAGAUCUCUGAGGUGCUGCUGCAGUUUGGGAUCCCACCCGAAGGAAACCUGCACUGCAGCGAGAGCGCCACCAAGCUGAAGAACCUGGUACUGGAUGACCUGGCCAACGACAAGAAGAACGGGAACCUGACCGGCAACACCAUCAACAUGUAUGAGCUGCUGAAGGGCAACGAGACAUUGGCUCGGCUUCAGGCGUUGGCCAAGCGCACCGGGGUGGCCGUGGAGAAGAUGGAGAUCACUGCCCCACCAGCUGCAGCCAAGGAAAAGGACACAAAGUGCCACAGCAGCGAGGAUGAGCUGCGGGAUUACAAGCUCACCGUGCAGCUCCGUGAAGUGUUCGCCAACCGCUUCACCCAGAUGUUCGCUGACUACGAGGCCUUUGUCAUCCAGCCCACUCAGGACAUGGACGCUUGGCUCACCAAUCGGGAGCAGAUGCAGAAUUUCGACAAGGCCUCGUUUCUGUCUGACCAGCCAGAGCCCUACCUCCCCUUUCUGUCCCACUUCAUAGAAACGCAGAUGUUUGCAACUUUCAUUGACAACAAGAUUGUAUCACUGUGGGAGGAGAAGGAGCCCCUUCUCAGAGUGUUUGACUCACGCAUUGAGAAGAUGAAGAUCUACAGCGUUCGCAUCCCCACGUUACGCACCUCAAAUUAUCAGAAAUGCACUGUCUUAAAAGAAUCUGCCCUAGCCAUUGAGCAGCGCCUGGUGAAGAUUGACCACACUGCUAUCCACCCACAUCUGCUAGACAUGAAGAUCGGACAGGGCAAGUAUGAGCAAGGCUUCUUCCCCAACCUCCAGUCUGAUGUACUGUCAGCAGGCCCAACUAACAACAAUCGAUGGGCCAACCGAAGCUCCACAGCGCAGCAGCGAAGGAAAGACCGGCUUCGGCAGCAUUCCGAACAUCUGACUCUGGACAAUGACCUGAAAGAGAAAUACAUCCAGGAGGCCAGGAGUAUUGGAAAAAGCCUACGGCAACCCAAACUCUCCGACCUCUCCCCUGCUGUCAUUGCACAGACUAACUGGAAGUUUGUUGAAGGUCUGCUCAAAGAAUGUCGCAUCAAGACUAAACGGAUGUUGGUGGAAAAGAUGGGGCACGAGGCAGUGGAGCUGGGACAUGGAGAGGCCAAUAUUACUGGCUUGGAGGAGAACACACUGAUAGCCAGCCUGUGUGACUUGUUGGAGAGAAUCUGGAGUCAUGGUCUGCUUAUCAAACAGGGGAAGUCAGCUCUCUGGUCACACCUACUGCACUAUCAGGAGACUGAGGAGAAGCGAGACGCAACAGUAGAGACACCAGUCACAGCGGCGCCUGAACGGCGAAGAUCGGACUCGGGAUUGAUCUUGCCAACCCUCCGAGUCUCCCUCAUACAUGACAUGAGGCACGUCCAAAACAUGAGUGAGAUCAAAACAGAUGUCGGCCGAGCCAGGGCGUGGAUAAGGCUGUCCCUUGAAAAGAAGGUGCUUUCUCAACAGCUCAAGCAACUCAUGUUCAACGAAGGUCUUAUCAAGAAGUUGUACAAGCGUUAUGCCUUCCUGCGAUGUGAGGAUGAGAAGGAACAAUUUCUUUACCACCUCUUGUCGCUCAAUGCCGUGGACUACUUCUGUUUUACCAGUGUGUUCACGACAAUCAUGAUUCCAUACAGAGCUGUCAUUAUUCCCAUCAAAAAGUUGAGUAACUCCAUCACUACCUCCAAUCCUUGGAUCAGCGUGUCGGGCGAGCUCGGGGACACUGGAGUCAUGCAGGUGCCCAAGAACGUUUUGGAAAUGACCUUUGAGUGCCAGAAUUUAGGCAAACUGACCACAGUUCGGAUCGGACAUGACAACUCCGGUCUGCUGGCCAAGUGGUUAGUGGAUUGUGUGAUGGUCAGGAAUGAGAUCACCGGCCACACCUACAGGUUCCCCUGUGGACGGUGGCUUGGGAAAGGGGUAGACGAUGGCAGCCUGGAGCGGAUCCUGGUGGGCGAACUCAUCACCCCUGUGGUGGAGGAAGACCUGAGCAAACAGUGCCGCACUCCACCUCAGCUCCGAUCACCGACUGUAGCCCGGCGACUGAGCAUCACAUCCCUCGGGGGGAAGACAAACAAACCCAACGCUGGCCAAAUCCAGGAAGGAAUUGGGGAAUCAAUAAAUAACAUUGUAAAACAUUUUCAUAAACCAGAAAAAGAGAGAGGCAGUCUGACCAUUCUGCUGUGUGGGGAGUUUGGCCUGGUCUCUGCCCUGGAACAAGUCUUUCACCACGGGUUCAAGUCCGCUCGACUCUUCCAGAAGAACGUCUUCAUCUGGGACUUCAUAGAGAAAGCCGUCACCUACUUUGAGACGACGGAAGAGGAUGAGGACUGUCAGGAAAACCUGCUGAAGCUGAAAGGCUGCUCUGCGACGUUCUGUCAGUACGUCAAUGCCAUCACCGCAGCCCCCCGCAGCAUUGGGAAGGAUGGCAAGUUACAGUUGCUUGUCUGUCUCGGGGCAAGGGAUCACCUGUUACCCCAGUGGAUCCCAUUGCUAGCCGAAUGCCCGGUGAUCUCCAGGAUGUACGAGGACGGUGCCCUGCUCCGGGACCACGCCGCCGUCAACUCGCUGAUCCGGGUUUUGCAGACACUGCAUGACUUCAACAUCACACUGGAAGCCUCGCUGGUCAAGGGCAUUGACCUGUGACAUUGGAACUUCAGAGCUGCAGAGCCUGGCCUCCCAUCCCCAUCCCCACCCCUCUGCUCCCUUCCCCGCCCAUCCCACCCACUCAGCUUAACCUCCUCUGACUGAAGCUGAUGGGGUUGGGGGUGGGGGGGGUUCUCUCAACAUGGUGGUCUGGGCUACUGGUCAUGUGACACAGCUUGAAGACCGAGGUGAAACCCACCCUGCACCUGCCCUUGGGCCAAGGGGAUAGUAUUGACCACUUCACGAAGGCGCUGGACAGAUGAGGAGGAUUGGCCUGUUUGCUGUGGGACCGUAAAUUGUACCUUCCCUAAAGGUUACGACACUGUCAGAUGACCAAUGGAACUCACUGGUUUGUGAAGAAGGGUUCCUGCUCCCCUCCGUCCACUCGUGUACCCACGUUGUGUAAAUACUGUGAGAUCUUCAUUAUCCUUGGUUUCGUUUUGCAUUGUGCUUGCGGGUACAUCUGAAGUUCAAUGAAGGUCACCUCUAAAUCCCAAUUUUGUGUGGGAUGCUGUGUGACCAGACAGUGGGCCUCUCUACAUCCUCCAAAUGAUGUUUUUAUUUUUUUGCAACCUCUCAUUCUUUCCCCGAAUCUCAAAGAUCCCGAACCUGGUCCUGAUGUCCCGUCCCCUCCAUUUUCCCCUGCUUCGUUCUGCCCACAACCUCCUCCCCCCCAACAAACCACCUUUCUCACUCCUGCUGCAGUAUUAAUAGGCCACGGGUGAAUUCAGUCUCUAUUACAGAGCUCCUGUCGAUGAAGGAGAUGCCCCUGUUUAAUACCCUGUGGUGCCGGGGCCUCCUGUAAAUACGUUGACCAGAGUCCCCACACAGACCUGUUUAUGAGCCCAAGGGUUUCUGCCUUCCCAGACUGGGGCUGCUAUGAAGAGGAGCAAAGGGCACGUGGCAGGGUGUGAUUGCCCUUUGCCCAAGUGCCACUCGGAGUAGCACCGGUCUCCCCUGCCAGUCUCGAGAGGAACAUCACUCGUAUUUCUGUUAUUUAUUGGUCGAAACUUGAAUCCUCAGACAGUUUUGAGAGAACCAGCGUAAAUAUGGUUGCCAGUGAUUUCAGCUGAGGUAGCACUCCCCUCUGUGGAUGAGUGAGGAAGUGCAGCCCUCCCAUAGAGUUCCUCUCUAUCUCUCUCUCUAGAACGGCAUGAAGCCUCCCCCCUCCGUGCCUGCAAAUGACCGCACAACAUAAGGGUGAGGGAGGAGGAGAUUAUCCCAGAUUCCUGCUGCCGGUGAAUGUGCUGCCUCCCAUGGCCAAAGUGCCAGUCUACGUACACUGUCCCGGCUGACCUUACCGAACCUUAUUGGAUGUUGGCCCAGUUUCAGAGCGGGGAGGGGUGCAGAAGAAGUUGAAGUCAGUAUUUGAAGAAACCCUCUGUGAAUUCCUGCAAUAAAAUUGGAACUAAGCUGUCAGUGUCUGAGAAGACGAUGGAUGUGUUGGUGUUGAAGAAGGUGGGGGGGGGGAGCCUUCGAACUGAGGAUGGAGCCUGGAGCCCAAGAGUUUGUCUGCUUUCUGGUUUCAGACACUGCACACAUUUGCAGUCACUUGGAGGAGUUGCCCUUGGAGAGAUAACGGAACGCCGUUGGGAAAGAUUCCUAGAGUUGUGAGGAAUUCCUAGACAGGACGUUUGUGAAGAUAAAGGCCCUUUAUCCCAAUCGCAGCAUUGGGCUGUGAAACAGUGGACUAAGAGGGAGUCACUGCUGCCUUCACUCCCACUGUCCCUGGAAUGCCAUGUUGGAACAUUCUUUCCAAGUUUGGUCUGACAAGAUACACUGCAGAUGUAUAAUGUCUGCUGUUGCUGCCUCCUUGGGUGGAUCCCAGCUGACUGGUGAGGUCUUAAAUCACCACGAGGUGACCCUGAUUUUGACCAUGAAUGAUUUUGCUUUGUCGGUUUUGUUCUAUCAAGACCACGGGAUGGCCACCAUCCUGAAAGACUGUUUGGGAAGAGGCAGUCUCUCCACUGGACAAUUCCAGGCUUCCCCAGAAAUGGUCCACUUCAGUAAAACUCGGGAAGAUUCCUCCCUGAGGAUCCCCCUGGUUUACCCGCUGACUAUUUCCACACCUCCAUCUCAUGCUCAUUCCUGACCCCUCAUAAAAGCUUCCAGAACUCUCAUGGUUAACACAACGAGUAUGACCAACUUUCCAGAACCAACCCGGCAAUGACAGGUCAAAUCACCCAUGCAUCGCUGACUGUGUUUCCGGGGAAAGAGAAUGAGGGCAUUAAAUGAAAAUGGUGUAUUUUCAGUUUCAUCAAAGUUUAUUUUACGAGUCCCAAUGACGUGGAAGAUGGAAAAAUGCACCAGGAACUCUGUGGUGUUGGCAAUUGGAGGAGGGGAGACCAUGAGGUGACGUCUCCCAGAAUUUGUCCGUACAGGGCUUGGAACUCUGAAAAUUUACAAAAUAACAUUACGUACACACAGUCAGUGUUGAAUCUCUUCAGUAUCUCAGAAUGGAUCCAAACUACCAUGGUUACAGAGUUGUGCAGUGAAUCAAUCCAUGGGGCUAAUGACCCUGGGAGCACUGUUUUAUUUUCCUUUGAAAACUGCUGCUUAAAGAAUUUAUGGCACUUUAUCGGAAUACUGGAUUAAAUGGCCCAUCCUCAUUGGAUGGGGAAAAACUCUAUCCUUUUGGAUAGUAAUGAGAACCAAUUGUAUGCAGGUUACAUUGGACUGUUCCAGUGUGAAGUUGGUCAGUGCACUGUGUGGCUGAAUUCCCCCCGCCAGAUUUAAAAGGCUCUGGUUUGUUAUCUAAUCUUUGUGGAAUGAAUCGGUCAUUGUUUAGGACUACAAUUGACCUCAGUACCCUCACCUGCUGUCCCUUGGCUCUUGAGCAGAGAGGUCCAGUUGGGCCCUUACUCCAAGUGACCUCCUAGUAAUUGUCGGAAGCUGCCAAUGUGGCUUUUGGGUGAGGAAUGAGGCCCACCCUGGCCGAAAUGCCAAUGGUGCCCCAGUCUAAAGAAUAACUAAGCACACAGGCGAGGUACAGGAGAGGAGGUGUGGUCCUACAGGUACCAACACCCCACUGUGCAGAUGGGCAAUAAGACACCAAUAUACAGGUGACACUGUGCUGCAUUUCAAUGUCCCUAAUGCAACUAUGGCAUCAACUGGCCAAGGAAGUCAUUGGAAUGAGUGCAUGGAUAAAAAGUGUGAGGGCUACCUGUGGGUUCACUUUGCAUUGCACACCCACGCACGAUUUAUCUGUGACAGUGUUAAGUCUUGCUGUAGAAUCAUUCUGACACAAAUCUCUGGGUACGGGCAAUGGUUCUAUUACGGGUACCUAGAUGAUGAGACUCUAAAUCACGUGAGCGAAGGUACCGGGCCAUAAUGCUAUCUAGCAGCUGCCCACUGCUGUGUCUCAGUUCCUGCUGAUUGCUGUAACUGCUGAACUGGUAUUAAUAUCUACUUAGUAAUCAUAAAAUAGACGUGAUUGUAGAUUUCUUUUGAGUGCUCGAUCUUAGGUUACUAUUUUUCCUCUUUUUAAAAUAAAAAUGACUGUUAACUUCACUUGGAAUUGACAGCUCAGAAACAGGCCAUUUGGCCCCAGCGGGCAAUGCCCCAAUGUUUAUGCUGUGCACAAGCCUCCUGCAUCCCAGUAUAUUUCAUCCUGUCAGUAAAUUUGUCUAUUCCUUUCUCUCUCGCAACUAACUUCCUCUAAAAGGCACCUUGACUAUUCUCAGUUGUUCCGUGUGCAGUUGCAAGUUUCACAUUCUCACCUCAAUUUCUCUCAAAUUCAUCACUGGAUUUGUUAGCACUACUUAUACUUUGGGAUUGUCCCACCAGUUGAAACAUCUGUAUGUCUACUGUAUCAAACUAUUUUGUAACUUUUCAACACUUUUACCUUCAGAGCGUAAAUGACCUCAGCAGACUCUCUCUUUUUGAAACAUUACAGCCUCUCAGUGCUGUUAUAGUUUGGCCAAGUGUGGAAUUCCAACAUAUCGGAAUUCUUCUUUGACCCUGCUUUGCUUUUGCAAUGAGACAGUACUACAGACUAACUUUGUACACACAGGAUUCUCUUCCUUCUGAUCUUUCCUGAAGCUUCUGACUGUUUAGAUGCGCAUACUACCCAGAUUUGUGUACAAUACGGUGUUAUUAUGAAACAAUCUGAUAAAUGUGAAUUGCUGACUUUGUACAUGUGUCCUAUAACUCUUGCAUUGGUAAUAAAAGAUAAGGAAG